AUGGCUUGUAAAGCAAAGCUUAUGAUUCCUGAGGAUGAGAAGUACGAAGGAAAGCCAUUUGCCCUUUCACACGCAAGGACCGCCAUUACAACAAUAAAGGCGAAGUUCAAUACGCAGCAGUUACAGAGGUUCGAGGGGAGUUGUUUUUGGUCAUCUAUUACUGAUAGAGGACCUGAAGUGGAAUUCACAAGUUGUCCACGGGCUGUUGAUGAGGAAAGCUGA